AUGCUGCACUAUCACUAUGAUAUUGAAGGGUCAGAUGAUAGUAACGCCGACAUAUUCAAUCGAGGUGGAAUCGAUCGCGAGGCGCAAAAGCUUCUCGACGCUGUGCUGGCGAAAAGAACGGAACGAGAUAAAAAGGAUUCACGGGCUCCUAUCGUGUUUGUGUCUCAUGAUAUCGGCGGAACUAUCGUGAAGAAGGCACUCGUGAUAGCGGCUCUUAACCCGGCGAAAUAUGACGACGUGUUCGGCAACACCACAGUACUGAGCUUGAUCGGACACUCCGAGAACCCCGUCAAGUUCGUCGUCUUGACAGAAGGCCGCGACGAGAGACUCGAAACUCGUCUUUCAUCCCUCUCGCACUCCAUUAAUCUGGCAGACUUCGACAACUUUUCCGCAGCAGAAGUUCUAGCGAAGUCUGAGAUCAAAGACACGGAAAUCGUGGAUAAACACGUGAAAUGGCUUCUGAUCAACAAACCUGCACUGGCCUCAUUUGCAGACAAGAUCACAGAUCUUCUGGGUACCUGCGGCAGUGACUUUGGACUGGCCCAAACUCUCGUCUCCUACGCCGUCAAAUACUGGAAAGAACACUACAGACUCGCGGGUUCCUACAAACCAAAGGAACAAGCUCUCCACUUCUUCGAAAACCCGAGCUUGAGAAAUCUUUGGCAACAAGCGCUCUGGGUACUUUCCAAUCCGAUCACUCGAGUCAGCAAGAGCUAUUUAUCUGCUCUCCCAGUAGCUUCGAUCACCGGCCUGACUGAUCUUGUUGCUCAACAUGUGGAAGCUCAGCGUGGCUCGCCGACUUUUCCAGUCGAUGUCGACCUAGCCUUGGUUGAGGCUGCUUAUGGUGAGCACACCGCGGUCGCUCAGGCUUUACUUGACGCCACCGUCCACACUCACGGUGGUUUGAGUGACGCCAUUCUUGCGGCCGCGGCCACAGGCAAUGAAAUCACUCUUGGAUGUUUGAUCAUGGCAGCAGUUCGUCUCAGGGGCUUCAGCUGGCCACUUGGCUUAUUUCAAGGAGUUGCGUUGUUGGGCUUAUUUGACACAGCGAAGCUUCUCCUUACUCACAACAUCCCUAUCCCGCCACCUGGUGACUCCUAUGAAACUUCCAUACUUCAUUUGGCCGUUCGAGGCGGCAAUGCACAGGUGGUUAAGCUUCUGAUUGACGCAGGGAGCAACGUGGAUGCGGGAGUUGUUAAUGGUGAAUCUGUCAACACCACUCCACUCCACCAAGCAAGUCGCCAUGGCAACGUGGACGUGAUUCAGAUACUUCUGGCUGCAGGUGCCAACAUAGAAGCCAGGGACACGUACCAGAAUACACCUUUAAUCUGGGCAGUGAGAACCGGUAUGAUACAAGCCACGGAGACUCUGCUCGCGGCCGGGGCAGAUGUUGACCCGUGGAAAAUCGAGCCCGAGAAGGCCGAGCCUAUCAUAACGAGUAGCCGAGAGCCAGACAGCCCUUUGAUUUGGGCUGCUGAGUUCGGUCAUACUGAGUGCGCACGACUUCUGCUGGACAAAGGUGCGGACGUAAAAGUGAAAAAAGGAGGCAGAAGCGCGCUCUGGUUUGCAACACUCAACGGGCAUGUCGAAAUUUGUCGACAUCUGCUGGAGAAAGGCGCCGAUGUCAACGAGUCUUCGGAACAGUAUGGGACUCUGAUCGUGGAGUUGAUGGACCAGGCCGACCUAGACGCCGGUAAAGCUAUGGACAUUCUACGUCUGCUUGUCAAAUAUGGGGCCAACGUCAACGCCAUUGAUGCUUAUAUGGAUUGCCGGCGCAACGCUUUGUCUAGAGCAACGGUCGCGAACAGAAAGGAGCUGAUCGAGGUUUUGCUGGAAAAUGGCGCGCAACCGGAUCUCGGCGCGUACGCCGACUGUGGUGUUCUGCCCGAGCUUGGAACCGAUGUUGCGCAAACAGGCUUGUACACCGCGGUGUAUCAUGGCUACAACGAGAUCGCGAAGAUUUUAAUCGAACGCGGCUGCAACAUCCAUCUCACGGGCCAGGACAAAGCUAGUUCGCUGCACGCCGCCUACAACAACCCGGAGUUGGCCGAUUUCUUGUUGGAGAAGGGAGCUGACGUCAACGGUGUGAGUAAUUCAGGCACCGUGACACACCUGGCAAUCAGAUACUCCCAGAAAGAUGUUCUAAAGGUGUUGCUGAAAUGGAAGCCCAACUUGGAGAUUGAGGACUAUGGCAUGACCGCGCUCUGUCUCGCUUGCCAAAAGCGCGACUCGGAAAUGAUCGAGCUGCUUCUCGAGCACGGAGCAAACAUAAACCACCGAACUCCAGACGACGAAUAUCCCCUCAAGCUCUGUUGUCAAUCCAACUCAGCCGACGCUGUAGCGACCAUACUAAGCUUCCGACCAGACUUGACGAUGACUGAUCAAGGACGAAACAGCAUACUGCACGACAUCGACCAGUUCAGUCCCUCCGUGGACAUUUACAAGAUGCUACUCGGCGCCGGUUUCGACAUCAAUGCUCAGAAUGCGGAUGGGGAGACCCCAGCAAUGAAGGCCGCGGAAAAGGGCGUCAUGGGCAUACUCAAGUUGCUGUUAGCAAGAGGAGCCGACACCAGCCUCUCAUCCGCCACACAUGAAAGCUUGCUGCACGUAGCUGCAUCAACCGGCAAUUGGGAGAUAUUCAAAGCCAUCAUAGACGCCGGCGCCACUGUACAUCUCACCAAACCGGAAGGUGUAAGAGAGACAUUGGUCUACAAGGCUGCAUCAGGCUACAGAUCUUCAGACCGACUGCAAAUGAUACAGUACUUGAUAGAGGAGGCCAAGAUGCCUCCCGACGAGCACUGCCCUCGAACCCAAUUCGAAUAUCCCCUUCACGCCGCCGCUUCUUUCGGGAACGACGAGAUAGUGGAAUACCUCGUUGAAAAGGGGGCUGACUUAGACGCCUCUGAUAUCAUGGGCAGGACUGUUCUUCAUAUUGCGGCAAAACAAUGCGGUGCCGGCGUGGUGGAUCUCUUGCUCAGUAAAGGGGCCGAACCCCUGAAGCAGACAAAUAUCGACAUGAUCCCUUUGCAUUUUGCAGCGGCGCACGAAUACAGACCCGAGGGACUGGAAACUCUGGUUCAAAAGCUUGGAGAACCACGGGUCCAGUCUCAAGAUGACCAGAACUCAGCGGAAGGCAAGGAGCCCCAAAUGGUCGCCGAGAAUCAGCAAGCUUCAGUGGACAUCAACUUCAAGGACCGAGAUGGCUGGACAGCGCUCAUGUGGGCUGCCAAGACCAAAUACCUCAACUUCGAUAUCUUGGAGCUUUUAUUCAGUUACGGAGCGGAUCCGUGGGUGCAGAGCGAGGAAAACUGGACGCCGUUGAAGAUAUUUCGCUUCCACGAACCAAUGAUCGGGACCUCCGAACAACUAGAGCCGAAGGAGAAGACGCGUACUCGACCCGACGGCACGAUAGAGGAAUGGGACGACGAGAUUCAGCAAAUCGAGCCAGGCGACUACCAACCCGGCUACCAAUGUAGCUACUGCAUGACGUACAUCUGCGGGAAGCGAUGGCAUUGCCUCGACUGCUCCUUCUCUUACGACCUCUGCUUUAAGUGCAUUUCAAGCAAAGAUUCGUUGCAUACCCAUGUCUACUCAGGACACACGUUCGAGGCCAUAGGAAUUGAGCUUUACGUUGGUCCCGACGAGAGUCCCGAAAGAGACGAAGGGCUUGAAACUGUUGGUGAAGAAGAUGAAAAGAGGAGUUCAGACGAUGAUCUUCUACAAGGCGAUGGCGAGACGGAUGACAUUUCCAAAAUCUUGCAACUAGAUGACGAGAACAACACCGACAGUGAUGGGGAUUAA